AUGCCGUGCGCAAGGGCUUGGUUUUUCAGCUCUAACAAGCUCGCAAGCAAGGCAAGGAACUUGGUGAGUGUUCUUCAGUUGGUGUUGCGGCUUCUUGACGGUUGGCAAGUUGUAGAGAGGGAGGAAAGAAAAAUUGGAGCGGGUCGAUGGUAUUGGUGUUGUGGUUUCGGGUUCUCGAGCUGGGGGACUAUCUUGGGUGCUGGGAAGUAG